UUUACGGAACAGAACAAUAACAUUUAGGUGGAAAAUGGCGGAGGAUAGCGUCCCAGAUUUAACCAGACCUCAAAUGUAUUUAUUUGGUUGUGCACUCAAAUCGGACAAAAAGGAGUUCAAAGUCGAGGUGGAGGACGAUGAUGCGGAUCAUCAGCUGUCACUCAAAGCAGUGUGCCUGGGUGCGGAGGCCGAGGAUAAGUUUCACACGGUGGAGAUCGAGGGCGUCACAUACGACGGAAAGACCACCAAAAUUCCACUGGCUGUGCUGAAGCCGUCCGUGCUGCCCUCUGUGAGUUUAGGAGGGUUUGAGAUCACCCCUCCGGUAACCUUCCGCCUCCAGUCUGGCUGUGGACCAGUGUACAUCAGUGGACAGCAUUUUGUCAGUGUGAAGGACUCUGAUGAGGAAGAGGAGGAAAACAACACAUCACCUGUGAAGAGGCUGUCAAGCUUGACCUCAGGGAAGCGUCCUGCUCCGAAGAAACUGAAAAUGGAGUCAGAUGAUGAUGAUGAUGACAGCGAUGAUGAUGAUGAUGCUGAUGAUGAUGACGACGAUAGUGAUGAAGAUGAGAGUGAGGUGAAAGUACAGAAAGUUCCAGCCAAACCAACCAUAAAGAAAAGCCCGGAGCCUUUGGGGAAGAAGCCGAAAAGUGUGACAUGGGCGCAGAAUGGCUCACCAGGGAAACAAGGGGGACCAUCAGCUAAACCUCAAACCAAGACACCAGUGGGAGGAAAAGAAAAAAGCCAGAAGGAAAAGUCUGGAGCUGGCCCUUCCAAUGUUCUCACCGUUCCCGAAAUCAAGAGCAAGCUUGCGUCGACAGCCAAAGAGGGAAAAUCUCUUCCGAAGACCGAGCAGAAGUUUGAAAACUAUGCCAAAAGUGCUUUCAGGAUGUCAGAUAGAAAAGUGGUUAAAGACCUCUGGAACUUUGUACAAACAUUGAAAACAGAGAAGAAAUAAGUAAUUGCAUUUCUUACAGUUAUGUUAGAUUUGUUUUGUUUUCUCUAUGCUUUUAUUUCCCCAAGAACAUUGAAGGUGCAAUGUUUAAACCCAUUACUAAGAGCAUCAGUGAAUGCGUGUACCAAUGUCACCCCUGCUAAAGAAACGGUUGUUAGCCUAAUGUUGGUGUCCAUCAGGAAACCAUAGGCCUUUGAACUAUGGUGAUGUUUUCCAACUGUUUUAUAUGUUAAAUAUGUCCCAGCCUAUUAAAGGAAUAGUUCAUAUAUUAUUUUCAAAUUGCAUAGGCUGUUGUCGGUCGACCCAGUUUUAGGUGCAUAUGUGGGUUAUUUAGUUAAUUUCACCAGCAUCUGGUUAGCUCAGAAUGUUAGCAUUCUUAGCAUGCCCAUUAGUAUUAAUUGUGGCAAUGCUAGGAUAAACAUACCAAAACAACCAAGAUGAUCGGUAGGAAUUAAGUGAAUGAUUUCAUUACCGUUGUUUUGUGAAGUAACUGGGUUGAUAGACGGAAGCCUAGGUAAGUGGGAAAUGAUGUUUUUAUCAUGUAUUUUUAGUUAACUGUUCCUUUAAGGAUUGUGUUUGUAUGAGUCGUGAAGACGUUGCUUGUAAAUAGUCCGUACAAUUAAAUGUGCUAUGAUGGCAGCUUCAGAAUACUGUAGAUCUGUGUAUUUAUGGUUAUUCAAACUCCUCUGGUUCUGGCUUCUGUAUUUUAGUUUUUCUCUCUAAUUUUGCAUUGUUUUGUUUUGUUUGUUCUUUUUUAAAAUCCUGUAAACACAUUAUGUUAUGGUCUUUUUAUGUUCUAGUGAGGAAAAUGUACUGCUAGUCAAGAAAUGGUUUCCUAUCCCUCUUAAAUUUGGUGUCUUGAUAAGUGUAUUGACUGUGGAAUAAGAUAUUGUUUUUAACCCAUUUAUGAGUAAAACGUCAGGAGAAUGGCAAAUGUUUAUUAAAGACAUUUCAUCACUCAUUGAGAAAAACUAUCAGUGAACCACUCUCCAUUCACUACAGUUGGAUUUAGCGUCUUACCCAAUUGGAUCUUACAUGUUUAUUAUAUUUGGGCUGCUCUUCAGUUGCAUGGCGUGAAAGUCGACAGGAGGAAGGAAGGCAUUGGGCAAUUUCAAAAGACUACUUGUAAUUUAAUUUGCUAUUUGAAGGAUUCUUGAUAUGUAUGAUGUAUGUCAGUUAAUAGUGGUUGUUUAUUUAUGGCUUGUUAAGAUCAACAUAUCUGUCCAUUUUUAUCUGUCAGUUUUUUUCUGCCUUUUACCAGAAUAAACUAAAUCGAACCCUU